UAUGCCAUCAGUAGUCACUCUCUCUACUCUCUAGAGUAGUGAUCGAUCUUUAUGAUGGUGCAGCGGAGUGUUUAAAAAUUUCAAAACAUCGAUAUCAUUCAGUUCGCCAUGAUCCUACCCUAGCAGAAAGGGUUUGUUGUACUACAGUACUACUGUACUCUGUAUUUUGAUACCAUUUUGCCGUAAUUUAUCGCUUGUUGCGCGGAUUCCCCUUGUAUCCCUUGCCCUGCUUCGUAAAAUGGAGAGACUGCUUUUGUUAGCGACUUAAUUUGGACGGCGCAGUAGAAAUUCCCAAAAUGUUCUGUCCUUAAAGGCUUAAUUAGUUAAUUAUCUGGCACGUUGCGAUCCGAUGUUCCUAAUCAUUCUUCUGUUCUCCGCAUCCCAAUGCGUCUAAUCAACAGACCGCCAUGUACGAUAUGGGUGUACGGCGGCAGCUGCCACUUGUUGCUGCCAUCAUCAUCAUCGCCUUGCUAUGUUUAUCCCAGCCCGUUAGGUGCCAGCGACCGCGCAUGACAGGCCCAGAGCCUGUCAGUCGCAAUAUCACUUUCUUCACUCCCAAUCAGAAUGAUAAUAGCUUCCUGCGUUCGGUGGCCGUCGAGUCGCCGAUGGUGACGGGCAACCGCCUCCAGAAUGAUCUCUGCUCAACCAAUAAUCCCUGCCAACAUAACGCCACGUGCCAGACCGUUCUCGGGAAGACGGGAGAGGUGUCGUUUGUCUGCCUGUGUCCCGUCGGCUGGACGGGACGCCUGUGUGAUGUGGAUAUCGAUGAGUGUGCGGAUUCACAGCUCAAGUGCCUCAAUGGGGCUAUGUGCAAGAAUUUCCCCGGUGGCUACCAGUGCUAUUGUGUACCAGGAUAUUUAGGAGUUCACUGCGAAACUGAAGCGAACGAAUGUUUCGCGCAUCCUUGCCAGAAUGAGGCCACUUGUAAGGACAGGCUCAAUGGAUAUGAAUGCCUUUGCCAGCCAGGUUUCAUGGGACGGAAUUGCGAACGCGAUAUCGACGAGUGUGCACCGGGUCCCUGUUUGAAUGGAGCCAUCUGCCAUAAUCUCCGGGCAGCCUAUUCGUGCGUGUGUGCACCGGGUUUCACCGGACGCAACUGUGAAAUCAACAUUGACGAAUGCGCCGGUGGACCCUGUCAGAACGGAGGUCGAUGCAUCGACGGCAUUAAUAGUUUCACCUGCAACUGCGUGAACACCGGCUUCACCGGGCGCUUAUGCGAGACGGAAAUCGAUGACUGCGCCAGUUCUCCCUGCCAGCACAAUGGAACCUGCACGGACAUUGGACGCGAUUACAAAUGCCAGUGUUUUGAUGGGUAUUUGGGGAAGAACUGCGAAGUGGACAUCGAUGAAUGCCACGAUCCUUUUCCACCCUGCCAGAACGGCGCGACGUGCUAUGAGCGGUCCAACGCCAGUUUAUACAUUGAUCAUAACUUCCUGGGAUUGGGAAGAGCCUUUUCGUAUAAUAAUUCCGCCGGUUACGUGUGCUUCUGUCCCGCGGGAUACACCGGGAAGAAUUGUGAGACCGAAGUGAAUGAAUGCGAAGCUUUGCCGUGUGUCCAUGGAAGCUGUACGGAUCGGGUGAAUGGGUACAAUUGUACGUGUCCGGAGGGAUGGGAGGGUGUCAAUUGUGAGAAGGAUAUCGAUGAAUGUUUACUGGGAAAGAUGUGCGAGGAGACGGGGGUCUGCCAGAAUCUCCCGGGAGGUUAUCGGUGUAACUGUAAAGAAGGUUAUGGAGGAAAGCGGUGCGGGGUAUUGUUGGCGGGAUGCGAUGAUAAGACAUGUACCAAUGGGAUUAAAUGCCCGGCAAAUUCCAAGUGUGCCGAAGGUGCAACAUGUGUGCCGUAUCUCCUGGCGGAGGAUCACCCCGUCCACGACUUCACUUGCCAGUGCCCGGCUGGCCGGGCGGGCCGACUGUGUCAGCAUUCGAGCGUGGCGGCGUUCAGCACGGAUGGUUUCCUGCAGCUACUCAAUCAGACCUUGACCAACGUGUCCUUUGACUUCCGCACCACCCUCAACGACUCCCUCCUCAUGGUGGCGGUGGACAGUACGGCCAUCUUCUCCCUGCAGAUCGUCCACGGGAAGAUGGAGCUGGCCAUUGAGCGGCCCGGGGAGCGGAAAGCGGUUACGUGGGAGGCGGGCGUAACGGAUGGGAAAUGGCGCAGUGUGGCCGUGGGCAUUGAACAGGGGCUGGUCACCAGCGUGUUGGGGAAUCGCAAUGGGAAUCUAGCCGGCGAUAUGGUCAAGGAGAGGGUGGAAUUGGUCAACAGUCUCCCGGUGGGAUUGGUGUUUGCUGAAGUGUAUUUUGGAGGAUUGGAGCACCGUGUGCGCUUACUGGGCACCCCGUUUCAGCCGAAUAUGAACGGGUGUCUUCGCGAUAUGAACAUCAACGGGCAGGUACUGGUGCCGGCCGAGAUGAGCACAGCCACCAAGCGGCGUCAUGCGAGCGUGAAGACCAGCUGCGAUCGGAAAGAGCAGUGCAGUCCCAACACAUGCAAUCGCCGGGGCCAAUGCUCGGAUUUGUGGAACCGAUACGUCUGCCACUGCGAACGACCAUACUACGGAUUGUCGUGUGAGAAAGAAAUAACCGCUGGGACAUUUAAUCGCGAGGCCACCAAAAGUCUAAUUGCGGUUAAUUUAACAUCUGCGGACCGCAACAUUCUGGAACUGAAUGGCAACAUCUCUUUCCGUCUGCGCACCCUAGAAAACAACACGCUCAUCUUCUACAUUGGCUCCUUAUCGGGCAGCAGCAACAUGUUCCUUCGCUUAAUCCAGGGACAGUUGGUCCUGCAGGUCAAACUGACCGACUCCGUGGACACCAUCCAUGGACCGCCGAAAUUUCUGAGCGAUGGCAACUACUACUACGUCCACGUGGAGCGUGUCCACACCAUGAUCCGCAUGUGGGUGGACGGCGGGAAGAUGGCGUUCCAGCCGCUGGGUUCCGCCAGUCCCUUGAAUGCCGAGGUCCUGCUGCUGGGUGGGGCGGUGCGCGGCGCCUUGCGGCCGCACAAGGUUAAGCGCCAGAUCUCCAACGGCGUGAACGAUGAUAAUGUCGUGGAUGGAGGACUCUUCAAAGGGAUACUGCAGGAUGUCCGGCUGAACGGGAAACUAGUGCCGUUCGUCGAGAUGUCGGAUGCGGGAAUGUUGGAGGGACUGCCGGCGUUGCUGCGCGAUGUGACGGUGAACGAGGUCACGGAGGGGGUGAAGAGUGAUGACAACUGUAAGGUUAAUCCCUGUGAAUAUGGUGGAUCGUGCCAAGUCACGUGGAACGACUUCCGAUGUGUUUGCCCAGUUGCAUUUCGCGGGAAGCUGUGCAAUCUGCCCAAUUUUUGCCUGUCCAACGAAUGUCCGUCGCCCCAUGCGCAAUGCAAAAAAUUGGAAAAUGAAUAUGAAUGUGCAACAAACAUUAGCUUCCUGGACACGCAUUCCUCUAUAGCGUAUUCCCCAACCCAAACAUCAGCCCGAUUCCGUAAAGUGUCCUUCCGAUUUCGCACCCGCUUAACGGACGCAGCCAACCUGCUACAACUCAUCAGUUCUCAACAUUAUUUGAAGAUCUACAUCAAAGCCUCUCGCAUCCAGAUUGAAUACCACCUUUCGGCGUCCCCCUCCGCCAUCACCAUCGACCGCCCGAUCAACGAUUCCGUAUGGCAUACAUUCGAAGCGGAAUUCCUCCCGGCCACCAUGAAUAUCGCCAUCGAUGGCCAGUCCUUCAGUCAAGACGUCCCCAGGAUCUCCCUCAGCCAGAUCCUCCAGGAGGACAACGCAGUCGUGCAGGUGGGUGGGGGCUUCAUUGGGUGUCUGGAUGAUGCCCGGCUGGGGAGUUUUCUACUGCCGGUCUUCCCGGAGGUGAAGAGUAAGGCGGUGGCCGGUGUGAAACGGAUGGUGAAGAUGGCCAAGAUGGUGGGCAUGGAAUACGGAUGUAAAGGGGUGGAUGUGUGCGGCCAGCAGCCGUGCCAGGGGAUGGGGCACUGUGUUGAUCUGUGGAACGAUUAUAAAUGCCAGUGUGAUCCGGAUGUGGACGGCGCGGUGUGCGGUGAGGCCGGCAAGCGGAACCGUAUUGAUCCACGGGUCCGGGUUGGCGGCUGCGAGGAGGUGCAGUGUCAUAAUGGAGGCCUGUUGAACUGCCAGGAGGGAAAUGUGACGGAGGCCUACUGUAGUAACUGCACUGAGGGAUACACCGGCAAAUGGUGCGAGGUUUAUCAGGCCACAGCCAUCGGCACCGGACCAGACAAUUUAGCAAUAAUUCUCGGUGUGACUUUGAGUUUUGUCGGACUGGUGGUAAUCGGAGCGCUGGCGGCCUUCUGCGUGACGGCGCGAAAGCGUCGCGCCGAACGCGGUACAUAUUCUCCCAGUCGCCAGGAAAUCUUCGGCUCCCGCGUGGAGAUGGGCUACGUUCUGAAACCACCGCCGGAAGAGCGGCUCAUAUAGUAUCCCUGAAGCGGCUAGUGACGUCCGCUUGACCAAAAAUGACCUUUCUUCCAUGAGUUUCGUCCAGUUGAAUCCGUCGUUUAAAGGAAAUCCAGAGUUGAUUUUUUUGUAUUGGUUUUACUGUUUUUAUCUCUUUUUUCUUCGGGGAUGUGGUGUUUGUACUUUGAAGCCGUGGUUUUUCCCCCGUCGUUGGCAGCUCAGAGCUGCAUGCUGAUGGUAAUCUGCUCUGGUGUGCUCAAGCCAUUUCACCCGCGUAAUUUCCUAGACAAAGGAGUGGCGGGUUGAGAUAGUUUUUUUAAUUUAAUUUUUGUACAUUUACUUGUAUGUAUUUUAUUUUUUUGGCGGCUAUGUUUACUGUUUUGGUGAUGUUUGUGAGGGUCUGAAAAUUUCGAUGUUAUUUUUGCAGUCAAUGUGCAUUAAGGCUGAAAGCAGAUAUGCAAUAAAAUGAAACGUUUGUG